CAUGAGCCAACUAAUAUCUUAAAGGCGAAGCAACCGAUGAUAAAAACAGAUAUUAACUCGGUCGAGCAGAGAAGAAGCAAAAUCGUCAUUCUACUGCAAUUUAUUUGAACUCAUCGGGUCUGCUGAUUUUGGAAAGAUGGGGGACGAUCUUAAUGAAGCCCUUCUGACUAUGUCAGAUUUGCCAGAAAAUUGCCUGUCAAGGGUUCUUGAAUUGACAACACCAAAGGAUGUCUGCAGGGUUUCAGUUCUCUGUCGUGCAUUAAAGUUUGCCGGAAAUUCAAAUUGUGUAUGGGAGAAAAUGCUUCCGCCUCAUCACAGAGAUCUCCUUGCAAGAGCUUGUAACCCUCUGCAAUUUAAUUCAAAGAAAGAAUUAUAUUUCAGCCUCUGUGAACCAGUUUCCAUCGACAAGGGAACCAAGAAGUUUUGGCUAGACAAAGCUACUGGAAAAGCAUGCUUUAUGUUGUCUCCAAGAGAUUUGGCUAUAACUUGGGGAGGUGAUGAUCGUUACUGGCAUUGGAUUUCUCGAGAUGGCUCCAGUUUUGAGGACAUAGCUGAACUAAUUGCAGUAUGCUGGUUUGAAGUGCAAGGCGUUUUUGACUGCAAACUUCUGUCUCCUGGUAUAGCCUAUACUGUCUCAUUCAAACUGAAACUAAAUGGACCUGCUAGCAAUCAUCGACGGAGGCUUGGUACAAUGAUUCAUGCCUUUCACAUGAACCAUCGAUCACCUUAUGGAUGGGAUAUAAAACCAGUCAAAUUUUCAGUUACAACUUCUUGGGGACAUCAACAGCAAUCUGCUCGGUUUUUACGAAACACUGAGAACCCUGUUGAUAAUGAAGGAUACCAAAUGACUUCAUUUAGACAUGUUGGGAAGGGUUGGAUGGAGUUUGAUGCAGGCGAAUUUUUUGUGGAAGAAAAUGAGGAUGGUCCAAAGGAAGUGAAGUUUUACAUGAAUGAAUUGAUUGGUGGAGAUUGGAAAGGUGGACUUCUUUUAGAAGGGGUUAAGAUUCAACCGAGUUAUCUGGUUACAGAAAGACACAAUGUUCGGGAAGAAUAGUAUUAAGCCUUUGGAUGUGAUCUCAGUUUUCCAGUAUUUGUUUUCAUAAGAAGGGAUUUAUACGAAGAUGCUCUUGGCCUGUCUAUGUAUAUUUUUCAGUUUUCAUGGUUCGAAGUAUGUCUAAAUUUGUUAAUGAGAUCCUUUAAACUCUAGUUUUUCAAUUAAUAUGAUGCCAUAACCUCCAGCAGGAGAAUUGUACUGAACUUAUGUUGGAUCAGUAUGCUAUGAGUAAAAAGGUCACGUGUUUCUCAUUUAUUUUAAUGAAAGAUUGUUCAGUUUGUUUAGGUUCA